AUGUCAAGCUUAGAACAUGUGGUCAUCAACAUUCAACAAUCAACAUCAAUCAAAUCUCAUCAUUUGAAAUUUAUAGACCUUAACAUUUACAAUUUGGAUUUUAACACUGAAAUUCAAACCGAUUGUUUUUUUUUUCUAUUAUUUCAAUAUUACAAGUGGUCACAUUCAGACAUGGCAGCCAAUGGAAAAUUAGCUCUUCUCAGUGUAUCGGACAAAACCGAUCUUAUACAGCUAGCAAAAUGUUUAUCAGACAUUGGUCUUGGUCUGGUGGGUAGUGGGGGCACUGCGUCUGCUCUAAGGAACGCUGGACUUAAAGUCCUAGACGUGUCAGAUAUAACUGGUGCUCCAGAAAUGCUUGGGGGAAGAGUCAAAUCCUUACACCCCGCGGUACAUGCUGGUAUAUUAUCUAGGCUAACAGAAUCGGAUCAAGCAGACAUGCAGCGUCAGAAGUUCGACAUGAUCAGUGUUGUUGUAUGCAAUUUGUAUCCGUUUGUGGAAACAGUAUCGAAACCAAAUGUAACCAUAGCCGAUGCAGUGGAAAACAUCGAUAUUGGAGGAGUAACUCUUCUUAGAGCAGCUGCCAAAAACCAUGAUAGAGUCACAGUGAUCUGUGAUCCCAGUGAUUAUGACAAAGUUAUCGCUGAGUUGAAGGAAAAUAAGGAUCACCAAACUUCCUUGGAGACCAGACAAAAGCUGGCUUUGAAGGCCUUCACCCAUACUUCAGCAUAUGACACACACAUUUCUGAUUACUUCCGCAAGCAAUACUCCGCUGGUGAAUCUCAACUGACCUUGAGAUAUGGAAUGAACCCGCACCAAAAGCCAGCCCAAGUGUUCACCACCCGCCCCGCGCUCCCGCUGGAGGUGCGGAACGGGUCGCCGGGCUUCAUCAACCUGUGCGACGCGCUCAACGCGUGGCAGCUGGUGCGCGAGCUGCGCCGCGCGCUGCGCCUGCCCGCCGCCGCCAGCUUCAAGCACGUGUCGCCCGCCGGUGCGGCCGUCGGCUUGCCGCUCACACAGGAAGAAGCGUCAGUAUGUAUGGUAGCGGACUACUACGAGAAACUAACACCUCUAGCGUGUGCGUACGCGCGGGCGCGCGGGGCGGACCGUAUGAGCUCGUUCGGGGACUUCAUCGCACUCUCCGACGAGUGCGACGAGAUCACCGCCAGGAUCAUCUCUCGGGAGGUGUCCGACGGCAUCAUAGCUCCGGGGUACUCGCCUGAAGCUCUAGCCAUUUUGAAGAAGAAGAAAGCUGGAAAUUAUUGUGUGUUGCAAAUGGACAGCAGCUAUACACCAGAUCCGAUGGAGCAAAAGACAUUAUUUGGUUUAACGCUAGAACAGCGCCGCAACGAUGCGGUGAUCGAUGCUGACUUGUUCAAAAAUGUCGUCACCAAUAAGAAGGAACUACCGCCAAAUGCAGUCAGAGAUCUGAUAGUCGCCACCAUCGCUCUCAAGUACACGCAGAGUAACUCUGUGUGCUUUGCGAGGGACGGACAGGUGAUCGGCAUCGGCGCGGGGCAGCAGUCGCGCAUCCACUGCACGCGGCUGGCGGGCGCCAAGGCGGCGCUGUGGUGGGCGCGGCGCCACCCGCGCGCGCGGGCGCUGCGGCCGCGCGCCGGCGUGUCGCGCGCCGUCGCCGCCAACGCCAUAGACAACUUCGUCAAUGGCACCGUCGGUACUGACAUGCCGUUAGAGCAAUGGAACAGCUUGUUCGAAGGAGAACCCCCGGCACUUCUCACUGCCGAAGAGAGAGAUGAAUGGACCAAAACAAUGAAUAAAGUAGCUCUCGCCUCAGACGCUUUCUUCCCAUUCAGGGAUAAUAUCGAUAGAGCUGUUCAGUAUGGUGUGGAGUACAUCGGCAGUCCAUCGGGCUCCAACAACGAUAAAGAAGUGAUAGAUUCUUGCAAUGAACACAACAUCAUUCUCGCACAUACAAACUUGAGGCUGUUCCACCAC